UAUUUUUGUGACGUCUCAUCUCCCGGAUCAUUCACAUCCACCCAUUAAGAAGAACAUCAGCCCCUCCAGCUCAUGACUGCACAGCUGUGUCUUCUCCUGUCAGUGUGUGUCGAGCAGCCUGUCAGCGCCUCUCUGAAACCCCAGCUCUGUUCUUCUUCUUCGGGGUUUCCUGCCAUAUUCCUGCAGCCAGCCCGUGUGUUUCUACAGCAGCAGCCUGUUUGUUGUGUGGAACAUGCAGAAGAGAAGGAAGCCAGAGCCGAUCCAACUCAACCCGAUCCCCGAUGGAAACACUAUCAACGGCACCGGAGCCACAGAAACAAAUUUGGAGGCACUGCAGAAGAAACUAGAGGAGCUUGAGUUGGAUGAGCAGCAGCGGAAGCGCCUGGAGGCCUUCCUGACACAGAAGCAGAAGGUGGGAGAGCUGAAGGACGAUGACUUUGAAAAGAUCUGUGAGCUGGGCGCUGGUAACGGAGGAGUUGUCUUCAAGGUCUCUCACCGGCCCUCUGGUCUGAUUAUGGCGAGGAAGCUUAUCCACCUGGAGAUCAAACCAGCCAUUAGGAACCAGAUCAUUAGGGAGCUGCAGGUGCUGCACGAGUGUAACUCCCCCUACAUUGUGGGCUUCUAUGGAGCUUUCUACAGCGAUGGAGAAAUCAGCAUCUGCAUGGAGCAUAUGGAUGGUGGCUCCCUGGACCAGUCGCUGAAAAAGGCAGGCAAGAUCCCCGAGCAGAUCCUUGGCAAAGUCAGCAUCGCUGUCAUUAAAGGACUCUCCUACCUGAGGGAGAAACACAAGAUCAUGCACAGAGAUGUCAAGCCUUCUAACAUCCUAGUGAAUUCCCGCGGUGAGAUCAAGCUGUGCGACUUUGGAGUGAGCGGGCAGCUCAUAGACUCCAUGGCCAACUCCUUUGUGGGCACUCGCUCCUACAUGUCUCCGGAGCGUUUACAGGGCACCCAUUACUCUGUUCAGUCGGACAUCUGGAGUAUGGGUCUGUCUCUGGUUGAAAUGGCCAUUGGACGCUUCCCUAUUCCACCACCUGAUGCUAAGGAACUGGAACAGAUUUUUGGCUUCCCAGUGGAAGGGGAGGCAGCCUGCAGCGAGUCCUCCCCAAAGCCACGGCCCCCUGGGAGACCAGGCAGCUCAUAUGGUCCUGACAGCAGACCACCAAUGGCCAUAUUUGAGCUGCUUGAUUACAUAGUCAAUGAGCCUCCACCAAAGCUGCCUGGGAUAUUUAGCCCUGAAUUUCAAGACUUUGUCAACAAAUGUUUGAUUAAGAAUCCUGCAGAGAGAGCAGACCUCAAACAGUUGAUGGUGCAUCCUUUCAUCAAACAGUCGGAGGCAGAGCAGGUUGACUUUGCUGGUUGGUUGUGCAGCACCAUUGGACUCAAUCAGCCUCUGACUCCCACCCACGGCACAGCAAUGUGAGGCCUGUUGUGUCUACAACAAACCCCAUAUCCCAAGGUCCUCUGGUGACUGGGUUUGUAUUAUGGGUGAUAUGUAUUUAUACUGAGUACUACAUGGGUUCAAAAGUUGUGCAAUCAAUAGUUGUAUAUUUAGUGUACAAACCUACAUGCCAAGUGAAAUUAACUAUGUAUUGAACAAGUCUUUGGGCUACGUUGCAGGCCUGCCUGAAAAGCCAUCUUUUUCUAAUGAUCAAAUUAUUUAAUCAUGACAAAUGCUGCUCAACCUGUGUGCUUGAUAUUUCUCUUUGCCUUGUGUUCUUACAGCGCCAACAAAAAGUCUUUGUUAGCUUAUGUGAAAUAAAUAAGUCUUGUGAAUCAAAAUUUAAAAAU